UGUCUUGUCUUGUUUGAUGGAACAUCUUUAUACAUCUGCUAUGGUGCCUGACUGUCAAAAACAACUACUUGAAUUACAGUAUUUUGUAUCAAGGGAUUUCAGGUUGGAUCCUAGGCUUUAUAAGAUGUGUAACAAUGAUGCUGUUACUUUAUGUCAUGCUCCUGAUGACUGGGCUAAUGCUGAUGCUGGUGUGAGUGAAGAAGACGACUCACUCGGACCUGGAGUCAUUUUUGCUUGUUUACAUCGUUAUUUACACCCUUCACCUGGUGAACAAAAGUUGUCUAGACAAUGUUCUGCUGAGGUUCAUCGUGUUCUAAGACAGAGAGCAGACAAUGUUCGAUUGAAUCCACAUAUUGAAGCAAUGUGCAGAGUUGCCCUUGGAGAGUUCUGCAGUGAGAAUGUCAACUCAGGCGAGGAAAUGGAUUGUCUUCAGCAAAACUACGAAAAACUUGAUGGUAAAUGUAAAGCUUUGAUUCAGAAUUUCACCACUGAAGAAUCAGAAGACAUCAAGCUAGAUAGACUAUUAAUGAGAGCCUGUGAACCCAUGUUGAACCGGUUCUGUAAG